AUGUCAGAAUAUCAGUUCCUACAAGAUGCGACUCUGGAUACGGUCGUCCCUCAGGCCUCAAAUCUGAAUAUAGAGGAGCUACUAGGAUCUAUACAAGAAAGCUCUGGAGAUCUGGGUACAUGUCUGACUAAGAUUCAACAGCGACAGCUGCUAUUCUUUGAUGAACGCAUUACCCUUUAUCUGGUACUUUGUCUGUCAGAUUUUCCAAAAGACAGCUUAGAGUCUUGCAUCUCGAAUCUCAGUGUACACUUAGAGGUCUUCGCUAUUGAUGAGAGCAGCUCGGCCGAGCAAGGGGAAGAAGAGUCAAAUUCAAAGGACCUGAUAUACUCUCAUACUGUGGAUAACAAAGAUGACCCUUUUGUUGUUGUUAACGAAUCUGUUGGCGAUGGAGGGAGUGGAAAUAACGCAUAUGUGAUAUGGAAAUCAGAAGCUUUCCUCUACCGCCCUCGAGUACGCCUGAGGCACCCAUCUGUUGUGUUUACAGCGUCCGCCAACUUUAUCCCUCAGGGCUCACAGAAAUCAACCAUUGGCAAUGACGACCAAUACCUACCCGGCCUUACGCCAGCUUCCACAAAUAUUUUCCAGCCCCUCACCGCUGCCGUGGAGGACUUGGACCCAUAUCUUCCAGCGUCCCGAAUAUUACGGCUUGUUCCUUCUACCCAGCCCGAAGGAUUAGUAUACAAUGUGCAACAAACGUCAUAUAAUCCCAUUCGUAUCAUCCCGGCUGCCAGCGCCAGGAUUAGAUAUUCCCGCUCAGCUGCAGUAUCAAAAAAAUUAUCGACGACUGCUAGUCUCGACUUCGAAGCGACACCGUUCACUAGCUAUGAAGUUGUUUUAGAGGAAGCAGAGUUAUCUUUGGCUAAUGGAACCGUGGAGCUCCUGACCCAAGCCAUCGGUUUUUCACCCCCUAUCAGCUGCCCGGCUCGGGAUGAUAUAUCGUUGGUCUACAAGCUUGUAUCCUCCGAAAUGGCAGAUACGGCUACACCAGUGACAUCUACGCUCGAUAUUUCAUUAAAGGUCACAGUUCUAGUUUCUCAUGAGUGCCAGCCUAAAAUAUCAAUGCGUUGGAGGACCAGCGUUGACUUUUCUAGACCUACAAACCAGUCCUUAGGAGGCGUUAGUAAUAUGCUGCGUCGAAGCAUCGUGUCUCGUGGAAGCGACCAGUCAACACAAGAACCUUCUACACCACAAGUCACAUCUUAUUCCCCUACAAACCAUGGGGUAAAAAUAUCAUUCUUUGGUCCUUCCAGCGUCGAGGUUGGCAAACCAUUUGAUUGGGACAUUUUUAUUGUGAACACAUCAACAAAGGCAAGGAAAUUUGGGAUUGCUGCCGUCCCAUUUCGAAGACGUUCAGACACACGAGCACAUGUCCCCAGACCUUCAUCUACGUCCUCCAUAACGAGAACCGAUGAAGUUGCCGAGGCUAUCGUUGACGAGAACAUUGUCUAUGCAAUGCAACAAAAUGCGGCCCCUCAUGAAACUGAUCUUAUAUGCCUUAGCACUGAUUCGAAAAUAGGACCUCUUCUUCCCGGCACAUGUCAUUCUACGAGACUAAGACUUCUACCUUUGUCCCCGGGGCUUCUACACCUGGAGGUCGUGAAACUCGUCGAUUUGGGGUCUAAUGAAACCAUGGAGAUCAGAGAUUUACCUGAUAUAGUAGCGUACACAAAGGCUGAUCUUUAA